AUGAGUGGAACGAUUCUGGAGAACCUCAGCGGUAGGAAGCUUGCAAUUCUCGUCUCAAGUUUGCUCUUUUGCCAGCUUAUUUGCUUCCUGAUUGGCGGACUUAUCGCUCCACGACCGUCUUCCGUACAAACAAUAUUGGCUACGAUAUGUAUGGAUAUGCCAGGUUCUCAUAACGAUACGAGUCAUUGGAUAUAUACAAGAGGCAAUAAACCGUCCUGCGAUGUUGUGACUCACGAGGAUAUGAUUAAGGAUAAAUUCAGAAUGGCCAAUAAGCUUGUUUUUGUAUUUCAAAUGCCACUUCCUCGUGAUGGAUUUAAUCUUGAUUACUCUAGAUGGCAACAAGGAUUAAUUGGAAUUUUACAGACCGAUAUUGCCUACGAUCCAAUGACUUACAAUAAACCAGAUACAGAAUUGACUUUGGAUAUGAGAUUGGCAUAUAGAAAUAAGGAUGAUCCAGAGAAUGACUGGAAGUUAUAUGCUCGAUCAAUGGAAACAAGAGACUUGCAUUGUAUUGCUGAUAAUCAGACUGACAAGUACAUGUACCAAUGUGAUACAAUUCCAAUCUUCGAGAUGGGGUCACUGCAUCAUGAUUAUUACCUCCUUAACGUCCGAAUCCCAGUCGACACUGAUGAAAAAAUGAACUUAGACAUCGGAUUUAUCACAGAUUUGCAUUUAUCAACAAUUUACCAAAACGGAGGCUUCACAAAAAUCUGGAUAGCCUUGAAAAGUGUAUUCUGCCCACUCAUUGUUGCUGUUAUGGUUUGGUUUUGGCACCGAGUUCAUUUAUUGCAAAGAAAACCGGUCUUGUUAGAAUAUAUGCUGAUUUAUCUUGGAGCAUCUUUGACAUUCUUAAACUUCCCACUCGAGUACUUCUCACUUUUCUUUGAGAUGAAAUUCAUGCUCCUGCUUAGUGACAUCAGGCAAGGUGUUUUUUAUGCCAUGUUGUGUUCAUUCUGGCUUGUAUUUGCUGGUGAGCAUAUGCUCAUUCAAGAAACUGGUGAGAGGAACUCAUUGAAGGUUUAUUGGAGACAUUUGCUAGCUGUCAUUACCGGAUGUGUUUCAUUGUUCUUAUUUGACAUUUGUGAACGUGGUGUGCAGUUAAGAAACCCAUUUUAUUCAAUCUGGGUUAGCAGAUUUGGAAGUAAAAUUGCGAUGACAUUUAUUGUCCUUGGUGCAAUCUCAGCUGCAGUUUACUUUGCAUUCUUAUGCUACAUGGUUUGGAAAGUAUUUUGUAACAUCAGCAUUAAGCGUAGUGUCCUCCCAUCAAUGAGUAAAGUCCGUCGAAUUCACUACGAAGGAAUCAUUUACAGAUUCAAAUUUUUGAUGCUUGCAACUCUUUUAUGUGCUUUGUUGACAAUCAUUGGAUUUGUUUUGGGACAAGUGACUGACUCGCAGUGGCAUUGGAAUGAUAAUGUUGAGAUUGAGUUCUCGUCGGCUUUCUUUACUGGAGUUUAUGGAAUGUGGAAUAUCUACAUCGCUAGCAUGAUCAUCCUCUAUGCUCCAUCUCACAAGCGAUGGCCAUCAGACAAUGACCAAACACAGGAAAACAUCAUGGGUGAAGAAAUUGAGUUCAGCAAUCUACCAUCAGACUCAAAUCCAAGUGAAAUUUCAUCGCUUACACAAUUUGCGCGCAAAACGGCUCUCGAUUAA